AUGGCUGAAACGUCUUAUAAAUUAUGUUGCACACUUUAUGGUCACUCGUUGGACGUUAGAGCCUUGGCGGCAUUUAAAGACGGGACAGUGGUUUCAACGUCCAGGGACCGAACCGCUCGUGUGUGGAAACCAAGCGGAGAUGGAAAGCAGUAUACCGUGACUCAAAUUUUACGAGGUCAUUCACAUUUCAUCAGUUCUGUAUGUGUAAUAAAUCCUUCCGAACGCUAUACAAAUGGAUUUAUAAUAACUGGCAGCAAUGACAACAAUAUAUGCGUUUAUAUACCUGGUCAUGAGGAGCCAGUACAUACUAUAAAUGCACAUGACAGCACAGUUUGUAGUCUAAAAGCUGGGCAAGAAGAAGGUACUUUUCUGUCAAGUUCUUGGGACUUGUCGGCUAAAUUAUGGAAAGUCGAUCAACUCGAAAAGCCGGUGUUAACUGUGAAGGGUCACACGGCUGCAGUAUGGUGUGUAGCUGAUCUCCGGAAUGGCUAUAUCGUCACAGGAUCUGCCGAUAAGUUUGUUAUAGUAUGGUCGAAGGAUGGAUGUAUAGUACACAAACUCCCAGGUCAUAAAGACUGCGUUCGGGGAAUAUCAGUUAUAAGUGAUAAUCAAUUUUUAACCUGUUCCAACGAUGCCACCGUAUGUCAUUGGAACGCCACUCUGGGAACUUGUUUAAAAACUUAUUAUGGUCAUGAGAACUAUAUUUACAGUAUAUCGUCAUCAUUAAAUGGAACGAAAGUAGUUACAUCAGGUGAAGAUCGAUCUGUAAGGGUAUGGAUUAACGGAAAUAUGGAAGAAACUAUUAGAUUUCCAUCGGAGUCGGUGUGGUGUGUCAAAUUAUUAUCAAAUGGUGAUAUAGCAGCUGGAGCAUCGGAUGGGACUGUCAGGAUAUUUUCAGCCAAUCCUGAGCGGUUUGCCGAUUCACAGACACUUGAAACUUUUGAGAAAGCAGUUGCUGACCUUGAGAGGCAAAUGCAAUUACGAAUAGGUGGUAUAAAGAUUAGUGAUUUGCCAGACAAGAGUGUUCUGGGGAAGCCAGGCACAAAAGAUGGACAGACAAAAAUGGUAAAAGAGGGAAGUACGAUUAAAUUAUACGCAUGGUCCCAAAGUGAAAAAAAGUGGACUUUGCAAGGAGAUGUAAUGGGAGUUUCGGGUGAUACCAAUGCUACAUCUGGAAAACAACUUUAUAAUGGUGUAGAAUAUGAUUACGUAUUCUCAGUUGACAUACAAGAUGGAGUUCCACCUUUAAAGCUACCAUACAAUAGAGGAGAAGACCCUUGGCACGUUGCACAAAAGUUCAUUCAUGAUAAUGAACUGAGUCAAUUAUUUUUAGAUCAGGUGGCUAAAUUUAUCAUUAAAAAUUCGCAGUCUGUGCCACAAUUAGUUACACAAUCGCAAUACAUGGACCCCUUCACAGGGGGAAGCCGUUACGUUCCCACAGCAGAAACGUCAAAUUCUUCAAAUGCGAAACCAAUGAAUGAUUUUACAGACAACUCGAAAACAUCUGCUUCUCCAUCCUAUAUACCACAUAAAAGUUAUUUGAAAAUAGAACAAGCUAACCCUCCAGCAAUUCUUGGGAAGCUCCAAGAAUUGAAUGCGAAACGUCAUGACGCGGUGCAUAGAAUUUCUGGAGAAAAGUUAGAAUCGGUUAUAAAACUUGCCAACGAACACUCUGAGACGCAGUUCGAGAUCGGUGCCAUUAGCGUGUUACGUACAUUGCUGGACUGGCCAGAUGAGAUCGUUUUCCCUGCCCUGGAUAUAGCACGGCUGGCCGUGCUGCAACGACAAGCCAAUAGCGAAUUAUGCUCGGACGAGCUGCUACAAGUUGUAAGACGACAUAUUAAGCCGACUGCAAUACCUUCCAACCAGAUGCUCACCUUUCGAUUGCUAGCCAAUAUGUUUCUGCACGAAAAGGGUGAGAAUCUAGCCCUCCGUUACAGAGACGAAUUGCUAAAGGCUCUACUGGAGCUCCCUUCGAUGGGCUCGAAAAAUAAUCAGGUCGCAAUAGCUACGUACAUGUUGAACUUGAUAGUGGCCCUAAACAAGCGCGACGAUACUCCCGGCCGAACAAGGGUUUUGAACGUCAUGUUCACGGUCCUUCCUCUCCUGCAAGAACCAGAAGCCGUGUUUAGAGCUUUGGUAGGACUGGGCACUGUGUUAGCUGCCACUCCAGACCCCGAUGACAGAAAUGAACUGAUUCGGGCAGUACGCCAAUCUGAAACUGCCCUCGGUGUGCUCAGAACCAUGUCCGAGAGCACCGUCGACCUCGGCGCCCAGAACAAGCUGGCGAACUGUUCGAAACAAAUAAUCGACUUGAUUAUCUAAAAACAAAGAGCGGGUUCCAUAUCCAAGGAGUCACGUUAUACAGACUUUACAGACAUAAGAUCAAGUAACGUUGUACACGUGAUAACGCAGUUUCUUAAGCUACGAGGAUUUUGUUACCCAAUUCACAAUUUUUACGCCGAGUUAAGAGCCUAAUAAAAGAACAAUUGGCCAUAUUGAAUUGGGACGUCAGCGGUGAGAACGUUCCGUGAAAUUCCCUGCGGGUAUUCUGCGAAAUGAAUAUUUAUUAACGAACAUCGCAAUACGGUGGGACUAAAUAGUCGUGAGAUGUGUCAGCUGGUUAAUUUAUGAUGGAUCAUAAACUAGAAAACGAGAUUUUACUAUUCGAAAAUUGACCUGGCAAGAUGCUUAUCAUUCUGUUGCAAUCGUACGAGAUAUCGUUACAAGUGUGAACCAAUUGACAUAUUUUAUACGUAUACUCACGAUGUCAUGGACAUCUCGAAAUCGUAAAAAUCGUAGCCAAAUAUCCACUGGGAAUAUUUAGAAGCAAGAGGCGUCGACCACUAAGUGGCAGUAUAAUACUUUAAUGGUGGCAUUGUCGAGAUUACCGAUCACUUCGAACCUCAAUUGAACAUCGAAAAGGGAAAGUGUAAAUUCGUACAUUACUGCAAGUUCGCUUUUACUUUCACUUUGAAUUUAAAUAAUAUUAAAAGCGUAAUGUACCAGUUACACGAUCAAAUCCCAAGCAUAACGUCAAUAAGCAGCAUUGUCCGUACACCAGUACCGACAAUGUCAUUUAUCGGUUUCCUCAAAUCGUACCACAAUAUCGGCAUAAAAGUAAUACAGUACUGCAUUUGGCUUUAACGAAGCCUUGAAACAGAAACAAUUUGGAUCCUAAACCAUUGUACUUUUGGAAAUAAAACAUAAAUGAAAUAAA